AUGGCUUACAGCAGCUCUUUCCAACCCUUGGCCUCUACAAACCCACAAGAAUUCACGACAGAGACUUCUGUUACAAGCUUGAUCAGCGGGCUACAAUCUCAAUACGACACGAGCUCUUCCACUCUAUCCACGUCGUCUACGCAUGCUGUGACCUCCGGAAGUAGAGCCGUCCUCAGCAGUGUUGGCGAGCUGCCCAAGUCGUGCGGCUUCCUUACUCUUGCCGGGGAGUUACGUAACAUCAUUUACGGCUAUCUUAUCACGUCUGGCCAGAUCGAGAUACUCCGGGUUUCUCGGCAGUUGCACGACGAGGCGAAUGGCCUUCUCUACAAACAAGGGAUUUGUCGACUACGUUUCGAGCUUGCCAGCAUUAAACACCAACCCAAAUCUCUAAGCCAAAUAAGGAUACCUUCGAACAACAAAAUACAGAACUUCAAUCUCCUCAUCUCCCCUUUAACCACCUGGCGUCCCCUAGCCAAUCGUGGCUUCGUACAUUCUGUCCAAGGUUCCGGUGACUGCCACAUUAUUCUAGUCUGGGAAGACUCAUGGUCAUUCGCUCUCGACAGGUCAAUUGCUCACUUCAAUUUCAUUGAGUUCCUCAGCACUUUCAAGCUUCUCACAUUGAGGAUCCACUUCUCCCACACCCUUCACCCCAUGGAUAGACGGAAUAGAACUGUGGUGGAGCGUCGUCACACGCAGAUCCUUCAAUCUGUCGCAGCCUCGCUGCCGUCAGCUCUUGGGUCUCCUGAGUGGAAAACAGAAACCUGUCCCAGUGCUUGCUACCAAACGUCUACGUGCGCCAGGGCACAACCUUCUAUGAACCCAUUCCCCAACGCUCAGUACCUUGAGUUCCAUCCACGCAAGGGACGAGAGAUUGCCGGCGGAGUCCACCAUUAG